GCACUGGCGGGUGAGCAGAGCGUCGGGCGUUACAGAGGGAUCGAGAUCUUCUCUCACUCAGUCCUCGCUUGAGUGCUCAGGUUUAGGCAGAGUGCCUUCGGAAUCAGUCUUAAUAAAAUCUUUCAUAAAAAAAACUUUCUGUAAAGCCACAAAAGACCGUUUUAACCCUUUCCACGCAAUAUUUAAGGGUUGAAUAGCUCUUUAUUACUCUCAAAGAGAGUGCUAGUCCCGAGGAGUUGUCUCUGUGAGCGCACAUUUCUUCCGUCCAGGAAAAUGGCCAAGGAUGAUAAGAACGGCUGGAAGGAGUUCUUCUGGAACCCGAGGACCCGCGAGUUCUGCGGGAGGACCGCGAGCAGUUGGGGUCUGAUUCUGCUGUUUUAUCUGGCAUUCUACAUAUUCUUGGCUGGAUUAUUUUCUCUUACCAUGUACGUAAUGCUGCAGACCCUCGAUGACCACAGGCCAACAUACCAGGAUAGACUUUCAACUCCAGGGAUGAUGAUCAGACCUAAGGGAGAGCAGCUGGAGAUCGCUUAUACCACUGAGUACACGGAGACCUGGGAAAGAUAUGUGCAGGCCCUCAAUAACUUUCUCUCACCCUACAACGACACAGUGCAGACACAGAAGAACUAUGAGUGUAAACCGGAUCAGUUUUUCAUCCAGGAGGACAGCGGCGGUUUGAAGAACUUCCCCAAACGUUCCUGCCAGUUCAAGCGCUCUAUACUGGAGAAAUGCUCUGGGAUCAGUGAUCGCUUCUACGGUUAUCAUGAAGGCAAACCCUGCAUCAUCAUCAAGCUCAACCGUGUGAUCGGUCUGUUGCCUGCUAAGGACGGUCAGCCUCCUUAUGUCACGUGUGGUGCGAAGAAAUACAAAGUUGGGAAAGAUGAGUGGACUGAUGAUUCAGAUAAACUUGGUGAACUGGCAUACUAUCCCCCUAAUGGCACCUUCAACCUCAUGUACUAUCCAUACUAUGGCAAGAAAGCGCAGGUGAACUACUCUCAGCCUCUAGUGGCCGUUAAGUUCCUCAACAUCACCAGGAAUGAGGACGUCAACGUGGAGUGCAAAAUCAACUCCAACAACAUUCCCGAAGGAAGUGAACGAGACAAGUUUGCUGGACGAGUUUCCUUCACACUGAGGAUCAACUCCAGAGAUUGAACAGACAAGAGUGUGUUUUGUUUUGUUUUUGUUUUUUGCACGCACACACAUACAUAUGCACACACACCGGUCCUCCCCAUCUAUUAGUGUACAAUAAUGUGUGGAAGGAACAGCUAGAAGUCUGACAGAACGAAAAAUAAUACUUCAAAUAUUUUUUCUUUUAGACUUUGAGACUAGUAAGGUUGCAAGUAGGAAGCAGGAUUUUUUUGUGCGUGUUAAAUCAGUGUGUGUGCGUGUGUGUUGAGAGUACAGCAUUUAUUUUUUGAACCAAAAUUUAAAUUGCAUGCUCAGCUAGCAGAGCUGUUGAUUAAAAAAUAUAACAUAUUAUUCUGUUCAAGCAACCUUACCUAGUACCUUUUUAAAAAACAUGCUUUCCUUAACUCAGUAUCUCUGUUCAUUUUGUUCAAUUAUUAAUUUCAGAGCAAGCGUCAAUGAGGUCAAGUGCUUUGCAGGCAUGAUCUUGUGUGUGUUUGGAGAAUCUCUUGAGUUCUGGGAUCGUUUGGCACAUGUGUAUCAGUCUGAUUUGUGAGGAGGAGAGUUUACACCGACAUAAAGAUAACACUGCGCAUGUCAGCUCUAGCACACAUCAAAACUUGACCCAUUCACAAACAUUUCUGCAUUCCUAAUAGUUUGGCUCAGACUGUACUCUGAAGUGUGUCACGUUUCAUUUCUCAUGAGGCGUUUUUGUUUGUUUGUUUAUAUGUAUAAAUAGGUGUUUUGCAGUAUUUUCCUUUCUUUGGUUUCUUAAUUUUUUUCUUUUAUUUGCAUGUGUAACCCAGGUUGUCUCACAUGGUGAUGGGAUGUAAGGUUUUGUAUUGAUUUGCACCAACAGAAAGGAUUACAGCAGGUCUGGGUUCAGUUUGAAAUCUGAAUAAUACAGUAGGUAGAAGAAGUAUGGUGUGUGCGUGCAUGUGUGUGUGCGUGAGAGAGAGCGUGAUUACUUGUGGAUUCCUGCAUGUGCAUGUGUGAUUUCUUUGAUUUCAUCUCUUUUAUGUUAAACUUUGUGCACAAUUUACGUUCUGAGUAUUUUUGACUUUUGUUGUAAGGGACUUUGAGCAUAAGCAUAGACACAGAUCCGAUAGAGAGACUCUAGAAGCAGGGACAGCAGAUUUAUGUUUCGAAGUGAAUCCAUCCCUGCAUGAGUCAAUAAAACAAAAACAAAAAACAUGGUCACCAACCUCAUUUCUCAUGAUUAUUUUAUUACAUCUCAUUUCUCUCUCUUUUUGUUGUUGUUGUUGUUGGGUUUUCAACACCAUUACACACACCCCAUGCUUCAUGCAGAGAAGUGUCUUGUGUUUUCUGUCAUACAGAGAACUGCUUCACACUGCUUGUGUGUGUCAUGACAAGCGUCUGAGUGUGUAUACUUCCUCUAAUGCGCUAAUCCUUUAAUCUCACCGGAUAAUCCUAAAUAGGUAUGGUGCUGCACACCAACAUUUCCACAAAAGCAUCUAUCUAUCUAUCUAUCUAUCUAUCUAUCUAUCUAUCUAUCUAUCUAUCUAUCUAUCUAUCUAUCUAUCUAUCUAUCUAUCUGUCUGUCUGUCUGUCUGUCUCUCUGUCUGUCUGUCUGUCUGUCUGUCUGUCUGUCAUUAAAAACACAAUAGAAAUCCUUGUAGAAUUUAUAAUGGUUUGUUUUGGUUCUAAUGGGAACUGUUAUGGUCCAUAUGGGUCCCUACUCUAAAUGUGUUGCCUUUUAUUAGUGGCAUGUUAAAAUCCACUUAUCUCUAAUGUCCAAAAACAGACUAGAAACCAUUAAAAUGUGCUCAUUUAGUUGAUUAAUUUGAUGGUUAGUAAUGUUUCUAAUGGUAUUUUCCUUUAACAAUAAUAGCAAUUGGUUUUAUUACUGUAGUUUUUACUGUGCUGAUUACACUGCAAAAGUAUAUAUUUACUUACCUAAGAGGUUUUGUCUUGUUUCUGGUUGAAAUAUCUGGAAAUGUCGUGAUUUAUAUUCUUAAACCAAGAAGCAUUUCUAGAAAAAUAAAAAGAUAUUGUGGUAUUUUCAGGGGGAAAGCACAAUUUAAAUGUUUUUCCCCCCUUAAAACAAGCUAACUAAUAUGCUUGUGGUAUAAGGUAUAUAAUUUUCUAGAUAUUUUGCCUGGAAACAAGGCAAAUCUCUAAGUAAAUUUAUUUAGUGUACUAGAUCUGUUUUCUUUUCUCUAAUAUUUGGUUAUGGCAAAAUCAUGGUUAAUUUAUACUGACCACAGUUUCACUACAAAAAAAAAAAAAAAGUUUUUUAAUUUAAAUAAAACCAUGGUUAAUUUUCAUAAAGUUCAUAACAAAACCCUUAUACGUUCCGUAAUCCUUUCUACUAUUAUUAACAAAGCAUACAUGCUAGCAAAGCCAUUUGCCAAGUUGUAUCACAUGCUAGCUAGCUGACGGUGAGAUAAAAUGUCCACUUUUGAAAAUGUAACUGAGGAAUAUUAAGUUUUGUGACAACUUAUAACCUAAAGUCAACUCAUUUAAACGUUUGCUUACUUGUUAGCUGGCUAACUAUCUAAAGAUCUAACUUUAAUUACUGAAGAAUAUUCCAGAUUUGUUCAAUUGUUAACCAGUUAACAAUAUAUAAACUGUCAACUCCUUUAUUUUCAGUUGAGCGACUCGUUUGUUCACUUUCACAUGUGCGUCUCUGUUUUGACCUCCGGUGUUUGUUAUUGCAUAUUUUAUGCGCGCGCACGGUGAGGCUGUUAUCUGACCCGGGAGAGAAAGCUUCAAAUCAACAAAAUUAAAUAUUCAUUUCUCUCAGGACUAAGAUCGCAUAUCGUGGCUUCCCCCUGUAUAAUAGUUCACUCUGGAGAGAAUAAACACCAUCCUAUCCAUCCGCACACUAUUUGCAGUACGCACAAACAGCCGAGGAAAACAAUAUUAUGGUGCAGACUUUGCUGCAUGCAGGCUCUGAUAUAACAUUUUGAAAACUGCGCCCCUAGUGGAAAUGUUGUGCUGUGCCUCUCUCUCACUAUCAUCUGUUCAUACAGAAGAACAACUCAUUUAAUGUAAUGUAAAAUAUUCUUCUGAAAAGCAAUAUAUUUAUAUUUUGUGUCAGUUUCGUGUAUAAAAAGAUGAGAAUGGCUUAUGAUGAAGAAUAUUGAUGGCCUAUUAGUAUAUAUAUUGGAAUAUAUCUAUAGACUGGAAUGACUAUAUGUUUUAAAACGCAAUACACUAUAUUUUAGUACUAUAUUUUCAAAUAACCAAUGUUUUUAUUUCGUUGAUCAUUUAUGAAAAAAGCAUGUAACAGCUGGGAAUGUAUGACGGAUAUUAAGCUUUGCAGUGCUUAUGUUAAACGUAAGGAGGUCACAAGACUUAAUCAGCCCAAGAAUGUAAUAAUUCAUGUUCACUUUAAUAGUCUGGAUCUCACUGUAGCCUUUUUGAAUACCAAAAUGUAUGCAACUUUUAUGUUUCAUGAACAUACAGAUGUAACAUUAGCAAUACCGGUCGUAGCGAUCUGUAAGAAGAAAUGCAGUUCAUUCGGUAUGGCUCAGUUUUCACACAGCGCUGAUGAGAGCCUGAAAUUAUAUUGACUAGUUAAUUACAUAAACACCUUACACUGUAUAUGUUCACAAGCUUACUUUAAUGUAUUGAAAUAACAAACUUAAUAAAAUGAAUAAAAA